GAAUUGAAUUCAAUCAAAGAAAAAUCAAAACAAAUCAAACACUACAGUACCAGUAGCGGUUGCCAGCUGUGCAACCACUUUGCUUUCUUCUUCUUCUUCUUCUAUUUCUUUCUUUAAUAUUAGGGUUUUCACUUUCUUCCCUUCCUUCUUCACACUCUCUACAACGGAAUCAUCAUCGCACUUUCUCCAUACACCAAUUCGAGGAUUGUCUGUGAAUCACUUGUGUUACAAUAUUAGUGUCUGUUGAAGGUGCAAUUUAUCAAAUGCUUGUUUUUGUGUGCAAACCAGUGGGCUUCAGAACGAAACGAUCAUUUGUUUUUGAAGUAUAUACUUGAAUGUGUAAAUAUCGACUAAAUUGGUUACUAAAAUAGGCCGAAUUUGAAGCAUUCGGGGUUGGGUUUAUUGUGGUAUUCUGAAAAAAUAGCUAAAACGGGGUCUCUUUGUUGUGUGGCUUCAAGGCCACAUGGAUCAAGUGCAGACAGUAGGGAGUGGUCAUUGGGUCCGCACGAGCCCUACUGGCGAACUAACACGAGCUAUUCACCACCUCCGUCGAGGUGGGAUUUCAGAUUCCAGUCUGAAGGGCUGCCUUAUAGUUUGAGUGAUGGUGGGCAACUCUAUGAUGGGUCUUCUACAUCUUCAAAUGGUAAAGAAAGUAGGACUUGGGUCAGAGGCAACCAUCUAUAUGAUCUUCACUAUUCUGUUGCAGAUGGAACUGGGAUUUUCGUUAGCAGUCCGUGUCCAUCUGACCUUUCUCAGGGUCCUCAGUGGAUGCCUCCAGCAAUACAGGAAAUAAGUUUCGAUGAUUACACGGCUGUGACCAGGAAAGAUUUUCAUCCUUCUUUAGGCCGGAUAUCUUUUACACCUACUAAGGAGGGAACUUCCCAAAAUCCUUACAAUAGGGGCUCCACUUCAUCUGAAUCAGAAAGUAGUGAGUCCGAGUCUACUACAAAUUCCCAAUUGUCCUUUCAGAGGAAUUUCUCAAAUCAUCGUUCUUUCAUCUCUAAACCUAUCCAUCCUUUGUCAUUUCCAGACCUCACAACUGCUAGGGAUGCCUUUGAUCAUGCAGUUUCAGAUUACACAGGGUUUGAUACUUCUAAUCGCCUCAGAGACAGCCAGCGCUCGAGUAAUGCUAGCAGUAGUCAGGAUUCUGCAGAUAUUACCGAGUCAUUUGAUUUAGAAACACCUGCUCAUCUGCAUACUCAAUCAGAUGAAUUUAGAUGUAGCUUGUGUGAAAAAUUUAUGUCGCAAAGAUCACCUUGGAGUUCUCGUCGUAUUGUGAGAAGUGGAGACAUGCCUGCAGCCGGGGUUCUUCCUUGUAGGCAUGUUUUUCACGCAGAGUGUUUGGAUCAGGCAACACCAAAGACAAGGAAAAUUGAACCACCUUGCCCUGUGUGUGUCAAAUUAGAGGAGCAAUAUUCCCCUGAUCAACGGGGUGUUGUAAGAUUGAGAAAUAGUUUUCCCAAGUUUAAAUCAGACGAUUCUAUGUUCCUACUUAAUCGAAAUCGCAUCAGAAAAAACCUUUCUAUGAGAGGUAAUUUAAGCAAUCAAUUUCCAGGCAAGGUGAGGAAAACCGGAGGAUAUCCUUCACAGCUGUUUACCGGAAGCUCAGCUAACCAUGAAGUUGGUAUUUACUCGAAGGCAAAAGCAGGCCCAAGUAUUGAAAGUUAACAAGUAAUGUCUGGAAUGUUGUAACUUAUGGAUGUGCAUUAUUUACUUGAAGUUCAGAAGCUGACUGUCCCACGGUGUAGUUGAGCCAAAAUUUACUGCAUUGAUUCCUAACCUGGUUAUGGUUUUGUAUAUUGAUUUGUUGCACGUGUAUUGGAAGUAACUUACUUGGAACUUGAUCCUGUACAUUAUCUAUUUUAUACAUUUGAGUUCUGAUCUUUAGCUUUUUUA